AUUGUUUGUGUGAAUUUUGAGGUUAUUUUUAAGUUCGAGCUUGCUUUAUCACUAUUUUUUUAGUAUUACUGAAUUGAAAGUAAAAUUGUAACAUUUGUGGUUGUUAUUAUAAAUAGCAACCAUUUCUUCCAAACACAAAAUGGAUUUCAAUUUAUCUUUUUUGACCGGCCUCGGCUGUGGAAUAUGCCUUGGUAUUUCAUUGUUUGCUCUCAAAAAGUACUUUGGCUCCGUUUCUGAAACAGCUAAAGCUAUUAAAAAGUUCACAUCAAAGUCUGAAUAUAAGCUUGUGUUAGUUGUAAGGACAGAUCUCAACAUGAGCAAAGGUAAAAUAGCCGCCCAGUGCGGUCAUGCUGCAGUUGGAGCCUUUGAGAAAGCACAAAGGAAAGAUCCAGAAGGACUAAAACGCUGGCAAAUGACUGGCCAAGCGAAAGUAGCUGUUAAGACAGACUCAGUAGAUGAAAUCAAGCAAAUAGCAGACAAUGCAAAGAAGAUGGGACUGAUAACAUCAAUGAUAAGGGAUGCGGGUAGAACACAAAUUGCCCCUAACUCGAUCACAGUAUUAGGUGUUGGACCGGCUCCUAAAGAUGUUGUGGACAAAGUAACUGGUCAUUUAAAGCUACUUUAAAUUAUAUAACUGACAUAAUAAAAAAAAUUAA